AAGCAUCUUUUCUUUUUUUGCAUAUGUACAACAUCAGCACAGACACACCACAUUCUUCCUGGUAAAUAGUCGUUUCUCAUCAUUCAACAGUGUUCCUCACGGUCUCGGCCAUUUCGGCUGGUAGCAGCUGGCUUUUAUAUGUCGAGACACAAUAUGGUAACCAUGGUUACCAUGGUGGAGGAACCGACUUGAAAUAGAAGAGAAGGAAUUCAAGGAGAUCUGCUUUAAAUUGCAUCAUUGCAGUCACUUGCAAACAAUCUGGCAGUAUAUACUCAGCACACUCGGAGACUGUGGACAAUGGCACUGGAUGAAGAUGCAAGUCAAAUUGCUCCUUACCCCCAGAGGUUAAUGAAAUCACGGCAAAACCUGAACUCAUAUUUCCACACGUCUUGGGAUCUAAAUUCAGGGAUCGCCGCCGUCUCAGUGCUCUAUUCCAUCAUGAAGAGACUGACGAGGCUACUUGGAAGAUGAAUGAUCCUCUGGUGCAGGAGGAAAACCAUUAAGGACUCUGAAAGGAAGGAUAAAAUGAUUAAGUGGGGUGGUGAAGAGCAAUAAACCCUCUUGAUUUCAUUUCAAACUGACACCGCUUUGCAUUUUUUCUCCCCUUUGUACACACAGCUGGAGAACGCCCGCGUUGUCCGACAUUUACUGACAGCGGGGGCUCUACUUCUACACACGAAAGGAGACACCGAGGCCUGAACGCAUGCCGGGCACAUUUUACUUCAAGGUCCCGUGAAAAUAAGUAUGUCGAUAUUUGCGUCAGGCCACACUUAUGGUAAGGUGUUGCUGGCAGAAGUUUCACAUGCUCAAAAAUCUGAGUCUCGCAUGGAGAAGGGCCAACCUAUUGAAUGUUUUUACAGUUUCUUUUGUAAAAAACUUGUUUUGUUUGUUCUUCCUGGAACACCUUCAUAGAGCGGAGAUGUGAGUCCCACACUCGGCCUUCUUCUUUUUUCUGGGCUUGGAGCCAGCAGGGUUUUCCUUGCAGAGGAGUAGGUGACAGGCCCUACUUUGUCUGGCCUGGAACCUCCCUUUUUUUUCUUUUUUCUUUUUACAACCACACAGGGAGUAUUGGGACUCUUACUAAAUUAGGCUACCUCUGACUGUAAGGUACAAAAACUCCUCCACGGAGAGGUGGCAAGUCUCGGAGGACAUGGAAAAGUGGAUUGUAAGAGGGCACAUCAGCAGGACAUUCAAUUCAGUGAUAUGUCUUAAACAGCUGUGUGUGUGUGUGUGUGUGUGUGUGUGUGUGUGUGUGCGUGCGUGUGUGUGAUGUGAUGUGUGAUCAUGGAGAUGACGUUGAGAGUGGAUGGCAGCCGGGUGCCAGUGGAGCCAGUGGGCGGGAAUGCCUUCUGUUACUUUUUACUUCCAGGUCACCUAGCAUCACACAGGGGGAGCUGGAGAUGGACAGAGUCUGCUUCUUUCAACAAACCCUCUUGCACUUUCCAAUUCUAAUGAUGGACUUGUUUAUGUCUCGGGCACCAAAAUAAAGAGGCUACAUGUCCUGUACUUGUCCGUGCACCAAUACAUUUCAGAAUCCAAAACGAAAAAAAGGUCCGUAAUUGGCUGUUGGGUGGCUGAAAAUUCAGUCUUUGUAAAACCUCAAUAACACACAUGGUUACUGUUUCCAGUUUCAUCACUAUAGGGUUGAGGAUAUGCAGUCACAUCAAGAUGGUGGAGUCCAACAAGGCGAGCGACAUGAGUGCUCCGACAACCUGAGGUAACAGGCAAUGUUCGUGCCCCUAGUGGUUCCGGGUGGUAUUACUGUUUGGUCACUGUCGUAAAGAUGCUGCAGUAGCGAGACGCAGGUAAGGACUCAGGUACUUUUCUCCUCAGAGCUCCUGAGGAAGUUGUCGACACCACUUUAGAGAUAACGAAGGAGAAGAAAGAAGUUUGUACACUGAAGCUCCUACUUUGUUUUUUGGAUCCUAGCGGCAGCUAGCCAACCUUUAACAAGCCGCGCUCUUAAACCUAUAUGCAAUUAAUUUGGUCACCUAUAACUAUUGAAUGGAUCAGCAGGGAAGCUCAGCGCUGAAUAUCCUGGCUGUGUGUACAGUAUACCGCACUGGCAGCUCCCAGGUGUGGUUGUGUGUGUGUGUGUGUGUGUGUGUACAGGCAAUCCAUUCUAAUAUAUGGGAGGCGUGGGAGCGCGCAAAGCACUCAUCAGACCAUCCAGCAAACAAAUGAAAAUAAUCAUAAUGGUGACAAAAACCGAGACACUGGGGACCUUUCUGUCUCUCCUCUCAUGCAGGGCCUAUUAGUUUUUCUCGCUGGGUACAAUCCAAGCCCUGAGGGGAGGAAGCCGUCCUCACAGAAAAAAAAUCAUCCAGUCUUACGUAACAAUGGUAUAAGGUCAAUGAAAAGGGCCCAGUUACAGGAGCAUAAAGAGCACGAGAAAACAACAAAUGCGGCUGAUACAGAUAGAACGCAGCAGUCCCUCCUGACAAUAUAGACCUAUAUAUGCAUGAUGCAUAUUGAUCCACGCUAUUAUAUCUACUUAUAUACUAUAACCAUCUCUUAUUUCCCCUGGUGUCCUCUUCUUUUUAUCAACUCAUUCGAAUGAGAGCCUUUAGUGACAGCAGCCUGUUGUUCAUUCAGAGCCUCUGUGCACCGUGCAGGAGCAGCUCCCGCUCCGUCAAAACGCCGCCGACCUCUUUUCUUUUUUGUUCAUGAAUUAUUUCUCAUUGCGGCUCACUCCCACGGCCGCGGAGAGAGUCUGGCCCGCGGACGAGCCUGAGCCGACGGGAGCGCGCGGCCAGCCAUGCCUCAUCCAGUCGGCCGCUCGCCUCCUCAGUGUCGCGACGUAGGACGGAAGGAAGGAGGCGAGGACGCGAUGCGCGUUUGGUUGCUUUCUUUUACCCCCAAAUUACGCGCUCCUCUUUGCGCCUGGCGCGUCGCGGGAAGGCACUAAUGGUUUUUUUUGGUUUUUUUUACCCAACUCGUCGAUGAUGUGUGUCUGAGACAAAGAGGCCAACAAGACACGAGGGGAGUACAGCUGUGGUGAUGUGCGGCUCCGGGGCUCAUCCUUCAUCUCGCAGCUCAUUUCUUUAACCUGAAGCUGCUGCUCAGGUUGUCUUUGGGGUGGUGGGGGGAUGUAAACGCUGGGAAGCCACUUUUACGCACCGGAACUGAUGUGACUCAAACGAGUGUUCUUCAUCGGCCGGAACAAUGAGCCUGAUCGUCUUGUGAGGAGCCUCUGGCUUAUAAAGGAACUGGCCCGGGUCCGCCAUCCUCCGCCGCCGCCGCCGCCGUCCGACUGUGUCACUCCGCCGCUUCGUUCUCUCCCCACCGCGUCCAACCCAUGGAGAGUGCACGCCCACCCAGAUAGGAUGCCUGCUUUGCCCGACGCCCUGCAUCCCCUCCUGCCCAUCACCACCUCCUCCUUCUCCUCGUGUGCACCUGCUCUUGCCAACAGUUCCUCGAGGCGCCCGCCCUGCCCCGCUCCAACAUGGUGGAUGAGGUAACCACCAUGAAGGAUGACGUCAUCAACGCCAACACGCUGGCUUGGCUGGUCUGCUCGGGCGUGUCCAUCCUGGCCAACACUUGGAGCAUCCUCAGCGUCAGUGCCAAGCAGAAGAAGUGGAAGCCGCUGGAGUUCCUCAUCUGCACACUGGCGGGCACGCACAUCCUCAACAUGGCCAUCCCCAUCACCAUGUACUGUGUCAUAACGCUGCGGCGCCGUCACUCCAACUACGAGUGGAACGAGGGUCUGUGCAAGGUGUUUGUCUCCACCUUCUACACCCUGACAUUGGUCACCUGCUUCUCCGUCACCUCCCUCUCAUAUCACCGCAUGUGGAUGGUGCGCUGGCCUGUGAACUACAGGUUGAGUAACACAAGGAAGCAGGCGGUGCACACAGUUAUGGGCAUCUGGAUGGUCUCCUUCAUCCUGUCCACGCUUCCAGCAGUGGGCUGGCAUGACACCGUCAAACGCUUCUACACCUCCGACUGCAGAUUCAUUGUGACGGAGAUUGGACUGGGCUUUGGCGUGUGCUUCCUGCUGCUGAUCGGGGGCAGCGUGGCCAUGGGUGUGAUCUGCAUUGGCAUUGCUCUCUUCCAGACCUUUUCCAGUCAGGCGGGCCACAACGCAGACAAGAACAAAUUCAACGUCCCCACCAUAGUCGUGGAGGAUGCCCAGGGGAAGCGCAGAUCAUCCAUCGAUGGAUCGGAGCCUCUCAAGACGUCGCUGCAGAUCACCUACCUGAUCAGCGGCAUCGUCUUCAUCUACGACUUCCUGACUGGCUUCCCCAUACUGGUGGUGAGCUUUGCCAGUCUGAAGUUCGAGCGCUCCUACAACUGGAUGGUGCUGUGUGUGCUGUGGUGCUCCAUCGCCCAGUCCAUCCUGCUGCCCAUGUUCAUCUGGGCUUGUGACCGCUAUCGAGCGGACAUCCGCAUGGUGUGGGAAAAGUGCGUCGCCAUCAUGUCCAACGACGACGUGGACGAGGAAAACAGCCAAGAUGGAGGAAUUCAUGUCGACUUAAUAUAUGACAGACCAUAUGACUAUAGCUCGGCGCCUGAAAUCGUGACGGUAGACCGUAAUGCCAAGUAUGAGUUCUCAACCUUAGAAAGGGGGGUUCUGCAAGGUUAUCCAUUGAGGGAACAUCAGGAAGAUAAAAUGCAGUAUUUGCAGGUGCCCCCUACAAGAAGAUACUCCCACGACGAAACCGACAUGUGGACCAGCGACCAGAUCCCCUCAUACCUUCACCGAUGGGGCUCCACCGAGGACAUGAUAGUGAGUGCUCACUACAGCUCCACCUUAGCGCGCCACGAGAGGCGCAGGAGCAGCCUGGUCUCCUACCACGAGGAGAGCCACCAUCACCAUCACCCACAUCGCAAACGGCGGCGGUCUGAGGACAGUAUGCACUCCCUCAAGCACCUGCCACGCGUGGCCUGUGGCGGGGAGCGCUAUGAGGACGAGCUGCGGUGUUUCAGCCGCGACGAGGUGAUCAACUUUAUAGACGAGACGCCGCUGCCGAGCCCCAGGAAGAGCCCGCGGCGCGCGUCCACCAUCUCACUCAUCCCCAACGUGUACGAACAGCACACAGUCAUCCUCCCUCACUUCCCGCUCACAGACUUUGAGCGUGAACCUCAGGCACUCAGGAGGCUCUCGGAACACAAAAGGAGCAGUAGUCGGGGCAACUCGCCCGAGAGCUCCCCCAGGCCAGAGAGACCUGGCGGAAGGAGAAGCCUUGGCGCCUGUGGCCCUGGUAAAGGUCACAGAGAGCGCCUGCGGGACGGGAAGGAGCAGGGUGAAGUGGGCUCACCGGGGCACAGCCAUCAGACUCCGAGGCACUCGAGCGGUCGGCCCAGGACAGGCGGUGGAGCAGGUGCCGGUGCCAGAGCUGACUGGGGGCAUCAGAAGCACCUGAGCAAGGCCGAGAGUAAAGGAAGCACAAACAGUUUUGCAAGCACACCCUCGGCAUCGUCCUCGGGAUACAUCAACUUUCAGUCUGAUCCCGUAGGCUCCGCCACCUAAAAGCAACUAUUUCCCUUGUUAUUGUCAUCAUUGUUAUUAAAGUUAUCAUCCCAAUGACAACCACUUGAAUAUUGGUGGUGAUGGAAAAGGGAAUUAUUUGGCCUUUUUACUCGUGCAUCUACUCUGUUUUAACACAGGCUACCACCAAUAAAUAGGUUUUAAUCUUUUAUGCUCAAUGGCCUUUGAGGUUUUGGACACUUUGUUCCUGGAUGGACCUCAUGUAGAGUUCGUAUGUAGCCUGGUGAAAAGUUUCGGUGGUCCUAUUAUUCAGCUUUCACUUCACAGAAUAUCCACGGAGAACUAUUUUUGUUUCCAGCACUGAAACAAACAUAAAACUGUUUUGAAACGGUGUGAACAUUCCCACAUCUUGUUUUAGCUGUUUGAUAUUGUUUCUUAUGAAAUACUCGAAUAAUCGGAGGAGGUAAUUGUUUAGGGUGGUGUUUUUGUUUUUUUGUUUUUUUGUUUUUUUGCACUUAGAACACACAUUGUAAUUUGGCCUGUGAUGGUUUUGUGUUUUGCUGUAUGGACACAUUUGCUUUCAAACCAAACGUUCCUGUAUACUCAGAUCAACUUAAGGGUUUGCUUCAGUAUUCAUAUUCAUUUAAUUUUGAACUAUUAACAAUUUUAAUUUGCAAAACAUGAAAAGCGUCUUUUAAUUUUUUUUUUUAAAGCACCCUAUGUUGAAAUAAACAGAGUGGUAAUCCCAAACCAUUUAGUGCGUAAUAGUUUUACAGCUUAUUGUGUGACCCCGGAAAUUCUUACCGAAAAUGUGAAGUCAGUUUUAAUAGAAGAUUGACAUUUCAUGUAAAUAUAGAGGAUAUUGGAUUUAUGGUUUUGGUGUUCUUUAUUGUUUGAUGAGACCUUUGCUUAAGACAUUUCCCCACAGUUCUUAUGAUUCACAUGUUCAUGUUUACUUUGGAGAUCAUCGUCAUUGCCAUAUUGCAUAUAUGCACACAAGAAUUCAGAACAAUAGAUCUGGGAAUGGUGCUUUAUCCUCAGCAACUGAGCAUGUCAGCCUGCAUCACACAUCUGCUCCAGUAACAUGUAGGAAAGCACCACUAAUGAUUUUUUUGCUGUAGCCAGCUCAGCUCAACAUGUCAUAUGAUUCAAGCGUUGAAUAAUCACAGUCUUCAGGCUGACAAGAUGUAGCAUAACUUCAAUGCCGGUGCCAUGAACCCACAACCAUGUUAGCAUAUGGGACAUCGUGAAUAGAAUGGAAAUGGAGGAUAAAGACUGAAUUAGUUCUUGUAUUUGGUUUUCAAUCACAUAACAUUAUGGAGACUGCUAAUGGUGAGAUGCUGGAAGGUUUCUUUUUUGCCCUGCCAAAUAAUGCAACGUCAAAAAUGAUAUUUGACACUUUUGUAUAAUUACAUAUUCAGAGAGAAAGUUUGAUUCGUGUCCACAUGAAGGUAUAAAAUGUCAAGGACCAAAAUGUCAUUUUGAGAGAUUCUCACAUAGCACCCUCACGCACACAUAUAGAUGCUGGUGUGAACUUAGAAAUGAAUUUACAAUGGCCACUGUUAAAUUAACGAAACACUGUGUGUCAAGCAGAUGUGACAGUUUGCUGACUAUAAGGAUUGAAAACUGUAUAAUUGUUGAUAAAUAAUAGCAGAACCAACAUUGAUCUUUGACCUGUGUAACUGCUAAGAUGAAUGUAUUUGCACAAAUUAGGUGUACGUCCUCAGAGAUAUUUGAAAUUAAAGACAACAUGAAAUAAUAAAUAGUAAAUUGCUAUUACCAUCCAAGUAAAACAAUGUUUGACAUAUGCAAUUUCUCUCAUUUGCUGUCAGUUGAAUUCUCAUGUAAUAUUGUAUCCCUCACUCGUUGCAGCACAUAUAUCAAUCGGACAAGUUAGUUGAAAUGUAUAUUUCUUUGGAGGCAUAACGUCACAUCCCCCCAACUUUGCUAUGUCAUCAAGUUUUUUUUGCAUUUGGUUGUGUUCACAAUUUUAAAGUAUAAGUUUGUAACAUAUUCAAAGAUUUAUGACUCAAAAUAUGAAUGAUGUUAAAUGUUAUGAUUUUCUCGUGCAAAUGAUGACUUUGUUAAAAAAGAAGAGAAGAUAUGACUGAUUAAAUUCACAAGAUGAUGCUUCAGAGUG